UUAUCUCCUUUGAUUCUUUCCUCUAAGCAGGGUUGCCAGUUUCCAAGCCUGAGGUGAUGUCCCAGCUGGAACGAGGGGAAGAGCUGUGGGUCUCAGAUCUCCAGGGCUCUGAGGAAAGAGAGAUCCUGAGAGGAACCUUCCCAGGAGAUGGUGGACUGGUGAGUGAGAACGGGGAGCACAGUCCACAGCAGGAAGAUGCUGAGCUUGUGGAACCGCACUGGGAAGUAUCACAAAGAACGAAGGGGGACGUGUCCAGGAGUCAUGAGGAGAGGCAGCAGGGAAACCAGCCGGUGGAGAAAAUGGGCAAAUCCAUCAAUUGUGAGGAAGAUCACAAGGACCUCCAGGAAAUCACAGCGCAGCAGAGAAUCCUCAUGGGAGAGAGGAAACACACAUGCCCUGAGUGCGGCAGAAACUUCAGUAAACGCUCACACCUUAUUCACCAUGAGCGAAUCCACACGGGAGAGAGACCCUAUGAAUGCUGUGAGUGUGGGAAAAACUUCACUCGGCGCUCAGACCUUAUUAGACACCAGAAAACCCACACGGACGAGAGCCCCUAUGAAUGUUGUGAGUGCGGGAAAGCCUUCAUUUACUGCUCAGACCUAAGGAGACAUCAGAGGAUCCACAGGAGACAGAGACCCUAUGAAUGCUGGUUACCAGUUUCCAAGCCUGAGGUGAUGUCCCAACUGGAACAAGGGGAAGAGCUUUGGGUCUCAGAUCUCCAGGGCUCUGAGGAAAGAGAGAUCCUGAGAGGAACCUUCCCAGGAGAUGGUGGGAUGGUGAGUGAGAACACGGAGCACAAUCCACAGCAGGAAGAGACUGAGCAUGUGGAACCGCACUGGGAAGUAUCACAAAGAACGAAGGGGGACGUGUCCAGGAGUCUUGAGGAGAGGCACCAGGGAAACCAGCCAGCGGUGAAAAUGGGCAAAUCCAUCAAUUGUGAGGAAAAUCACAAGGACCUCCAGGAAACCACGCCACAGCAGAGAAUCCUCAUGGGAGAGAGGAAACACCUAUGCCCUCAGUGUGGGAAAAACUUCAGAAGUCGCUCACACCUUAUUAACCAUGAGCGAAUCCACACUGGAGAGAGACCCUAUGAAUGCUGUGAAUGUGGGAAAAACUUCAUUCGACGCUCACACCUUAUUAGACACCAGAGGAUCCACACCGGUGAGCGACCCUAUGAAUGUUGUGAGUGUGGGAAAACCUUCCUUUACCGCUCAGACCUUGGGAGACAUCAGAGGAUCCACACAGGACAGAGACCCUAUGAAUGCUGUGAGUGCGGGAAAAGCUUCCAUCAGGGGUCACACCUUAUUUAUCAUCGGAGAAUCCACCAGGGAGAUAAACACCAUAAAAUCCUUGUCUAGGGCUGGCAAAACAUACAUUUGUUUCUUUAAUAUUUUUGGUACUUCCCACACGUGGCCUUUAAGGCUGUUAGUGCCAUUUACAUGAUUGUGGUCUCAGCUCCCCCAUGUGAGUUGUCCGGUUCUGCUUUUUGCAGUUAGCCCUUCUUUGGGGGGAUCGCCAAAGCCCCGUUCUGCCAGCUGCUUUGCUCUAAGUCUUGGGAGUGUGAGUCCCUCUUACUAGGAGUGUGCGUCAGGCCCAGGUGAGGGGAACACAAAUGUCCUCAGUUAGCUGCAUUGUGGUAAAAUCUACGUGGGCUUUCUCUCCAUUAGCAUUUUUUGCAGUUAGCCAACUUGAGUGAACUAUCCAGAUGGAAAAUCACAACUCUGUUUUCUGCGCUGACAUGACCCAAGUACAAUAGUCUGGGCAGGUAGCACUUUUCCCUCGACCUGUCCUAACCUUCUCCACUUUUCCUAGUCUAAACAAACCAUUAUCAUGAUGCUGAAACUUUUGUAAAUAACAGAACUCAAUAAUAAUGAGUCAGCGCUGAGCGUGAAGCAGGUUUCAGUGGAUCAGAGGAGAAUGCAACGGGAAAAUCUGUGAUUCCCAUUCUAAGUUAUCAGAUGUAAUCUGCUCUAGAAUCUCUCAUUCCAUCUGAAACUGAAAAUAUCUUACACCUCUGUGAGCAGGGUUGGAUUUCCAACUAGGCAGUCGGAAGGUUGCCAAGUAUGCGAUUUUCUAGCCCAAUGAGCUAUUUUCAGCUGUCAACUGCCAAGGUUUUUUAGCAGUUGGAAGUUGCAGGAUUUUUAGCUGUUUUGCUACCCUGCUUCCACUGGCUGCACUGCUCAGGAGGGAGGGAGCCUCCUGAUCUUGCCAAGAUGCCCCACACACCACUUGUCUCAGUUUGUGGCCCCUCCCUUAGGUGACAUUUGCAGCAUGUGUAGAAGGCUUGUCGAAGGGAGGCAGAAUUUUUUUUGUGCAAAUAUAUGCUGCAGUUCUGUCUUUUGCCCACCAGAGGCCACUGUGGCGCCAGAACAGCUUGAGCUGACUGAGGCUGCUCCAGCAGGCAGCGGCAAACAGCUGGCAGGCGGGUGGCAGGGGCAUUUCUUCCUCAAGUGAAAAGUUGCAGCAGCCUUCUUGGAGGCAGAGCAGGCCACACAGGGCUGCUGGGCUGGGGAGGUCACAGGGUCACAUGAGGAGGCAGGGGGGCCACUGAUGAUGCUGUGCCUAGGAGCACAAGGUGUAAAUCCAGCCCUGAUUUUUCUCUCUUUCCUGAAGGCUGUUUGGUUACACAACUGGACAUUAGUAUUCUGUGGCAGAAUGUAGUUCAGAUUUAUUGGGGACUUUGAGUCAAAUAACCAGUUGCUUCAAUAGUCAUUUCUUCCUUUAUUUUUCCUUUUCCUCCACCCCUCCAUCAUGACAUGGGGAAAGUUCAAACGCAGCUCAGUCAGCUGGAGAGAAUACUCCCAGUUCUGGGAUACGCUACCAAGGAAACAGGAGUGGUUUUAAAUCUCCUGUGGUGAACAACAGCACACCCCAAACUCUGCAACUAUCUGAAGUAACUAGGUAUAAUCACGGUGUUGGUCAAUUAUUUAAGUCAUUAUUAUUUCUGAUAAUGCAGGGAGAGAGUGCCACAGUAUGUGAUUUGAAACUAGGCAAAAUGCCCAUGUGUUUGGUUCCCAACACAGUUGUGACCCAGCUCCUACAGGAAGUUACUCCUGAAGAUAUCUCCGAGCUAAUCCUAAUAUUUGGGAAAUACUGCUUUUAGCUAUGCAGAUGUGGGGGAAAUAGAACUGGUGUUUUUUGUUGAAUUCACCCUUUGUAAUGCUGCAAAUGUGUAUAAAAUAAAUUCAAUGUUCAGUGUGAGACAGCUGAAGGAAAAAUAACUCUUUUUGAACAGAACCCAACCUCUUGUACCAUCCAAUGAGUCUCAUCAGGCCUAUAUCUGAUUUCUAAUUUAGACCUGUGCUAUCAGAUUAAAGAAGUAAUCUGGGCAUGUUUGAGGAAGUCAUUCCUCACUAGCACAGCUGACAUUCUGAGUGGGCUGGUAAAGGAUUCUUCUCCAGAGAAAUGUAAAUUUGUCCUCCUCAAGACAAAGGAUUUGGCAAGAACUCAGAAACCACAGGCACCUAAUUGCUGGUAUUCAGCACAGAGAUGAAAGCUAUGGUGAGCUAUGGUCUAAGCAGAAAUGUUUUUAGAACACAACUCCCUAGUUCUGUAACAUUGAUUAGAGUCCCAACAGAUGCCAGUUUGAUUGAGAACAAUUGUCCUUUACCAUUUGAAUCCAUAGUUUCAUGAGGCAAAGAAAAAGAGUUGAUGCCUUCAGAGGACAUUCCUUCCUCAGUAGGAUCCCAAUCUGGCUUCCUUGUUGGACAAUUCCUUCUGUGCAAGUGAUGGUAACCCAUGAGGAAAUGAGUGGGUCAAGCUCCAAGUUCAGACUGCAGGAUCUGUGAAUGUUGAAUCCUGAUUCUAUGCUUUGAUAUCUUGGUUUUGGUCUUGUGUUUUAUGCCUUUGCCUCACGUCUCCAUCUCCUGCUACUUUGAAAGAUUAAAAAGUGUGAAAAUAG